UUUUUUUUUGAAAUUUACAUUUCAGGGGGCACUGAGUGAAGCCAUGAAAAUGAUAAAUGCAACAUGGUCAUCAGAGUUUACCCUCACAGGACUCCUAUAUCAACCCAAGUGGCAAACUCCCUUGUUCCUGGUGUUCCUGGCAAUAUACCUCAUCACUAUGGUGGGGAACCUGGGUCUGAUUACUCUCAUCAGGAAGGACCCUCACCUUCACAUACCCAUGUAUUUUUUCCUUGGGACUUUGGCCUUUGUAGAUACUUGGUUAUCAUCCACUGUGACACCUAAGAUAGUGGUUAAUUUAUUAGGAAAAUACAGCAUGAUAUCUUUCACUGAAUGUAUGAUACAAUUUUUUUCCUUUGCACUCAGUGCAACCACAGAAUGUUUUCUCUUGGCAGCAAUGGCUUAUGAUCGCUACGUGGCUAUAUGCAAACCUUUGCUUUACCCAGUUAUUAUGACCAAUAGACUAUGCAGACAGCUAUUAGUUUUAUCAUUUGUGGGUGGCUUUCUUCAUGCCUUAAUUCAUGAAAGUUUUUUAUUCAGGUUAACUUUCUGUGAUUCCCACAUCAUAAAUCACUUUUAUUGUGAUGUCAUUCCAUUGACAAAGAUAUCCUGUACUGAUCCUGCUAUUAAUUACCUAAUGCUUUUCAUUUUUUCUGGUUCAAUACAAGCAUUUAGCAUUGUGACUAUUCUUGUCUCUUAUACAUUUGUUCUCCUUACCAUUUUGAAAAAGAAAUCUGGAAAAGGUGCAAACAAAGCCUUCUCCACCUGUGGAGCCCACCUCUUGUCUGUAUCUUUAUACUAUGGCCCCCUGCUCUUCAUGUAUGUGCACCCAACACUCUCACAAGCAGAUGAUCAGGAUAUGAUCUUCUCUCUUUUUUACACUGUCAUAAUCCCUGUGUUAAAUCCAUUUAUCUACAGCCUGAGAAACAAGCAAGUCAUAAAUUCUCUGAGAAAGUUGUUGAAGAGAAAUGGUUAA